AUGUCUAACUUUAUAGCUAAUUGCAAUGUUGAUCCGCAUGCAUCUGUUCAAGAACAGAAAGAAAUCGCAAAAGAAGAAAAAAGUCCAGUUCAGCUAGCGCUCACAGAAGACAAAGAUAUAGAAUAUCAAAUCAAAACACUUAAGCCAUUCGAACUUGAAAAAGCUGGGAAAAUAAUUAAUCGCAUAUAUGAAAAGAAAAGUAAGAAGUUAUUUAGCCUUGUAUUAGAAUACUGUAUUGAUAAGAUGAUUGAUGAGAAUGGAAAUGAUCUUGCUUUACGAUUCUCAAUCGAAAAUAAUUAUGAAAUUUUACAAUUUAUGGAUUCAAACGGAUUUUCGAUCAACAAAACCAACACAAGAACAGGAUAUACGAUAUUGAACAACUUCAUCAAAAACAGAAACUUCACAGCGAUUGAAAUUCUUAUGAAAAAAGAUCUUUUGAAUAAUUCAAUAAAAAGUGACAAAGAUUUUCUAUUCAAAUUGAUCGAAUGCGAAUACAGUGAUUUCUAUGAUAAAUUAUUCUCGAUGAAAGAAGUCAAUUUCAAUUCGCCGAAUGAAAAUGGGCUAUAUAUUGUUCAUAAAAUUGUUUUGAUGAAAAACAUCAAUUUAUUGAAGCGAAUUUUAUCAAACAAGAGGAUAAACAUCAACUGCCAAGACAGAGAAGGACAAACACCUCUUCAUUAUGCAGCUAAAAAUGGUUACGAAGAUAUUGUGAAUUUGUUAUGUUCUUCUGGAAGAGUUGCUGAUGAUAUAAGAGAUUAUUAUGAUAAAAUACCUUUGGAUUAUGCAAAUUCAAUGAGUAUUGUUAAGCUACUGCAAAACAACAAGACAAAGAUCAAGAGCUUGUUGAAUAAAACUGAGAAAGUUGUUGAAUUUCUGUCGAAUCCAAAUAUUUCAUUUAAUUUUGUCAAAUAUAUGAAUGAACAAAAAAUUAUAACAAAAGAAGUUGUUAGCGCAAUAAUUGAGCAGCAAAAUGAAUUGAUCGGACAGUACAUGUACCAGAUUGAUGUGCCUCUACCAUUUAAAGCAAAAAAUUCCGAUAUUUUGGAUUUCAUUAAAUCUGAUAAUUUGGUCGGAUGCAUGCUAGCUUCUAAAGUGCAGGAUAUCAAUAAAGAAUAUCAAUCUUCAUAUGAUACCUUCGAUAUUUGUCCUUUAAUGCUUGCAAUUAAAGAAGAUAGUUACAAUUGCGAGAGAUUUCUUGUAUUUCAUGACAAUAUACAACCAAACUUUAACUGCUUAUAUAGUGCAGCAAUUGCAGAAGAUAAACUAUGUAUGCAUCAUUCCUAUAAAAUAUUACUUAUCUUUAGUAGCAAGAUAAGAAAAUAA